GCCAGAGCUGAGGGCGGUGGUUCAGUCAUGCUCACUGUGGACGACGUUCUGCAGCAGGUCGGGGAGUUUGGUCGGUUCCAGAAGCAAACGUUUCUCCUCCUCUCUCUGCUCUCUGCCGCCUUCGCCCCCAUCUACGUGGGCAUCGUCUUCCUGGCCUUCACCCCGGACCACCGCUGCCGCAGCCCCGGGGUGCCCGAGCUGAGCCGUCGAUGCGGCUGGAGCCUGGCCGAGGAGCUCAACUACACGGCGCCGGGCCCCGGGCCCGAGGGCCAGGCCUUCCGCCGCCAGUGCCGCCGCUAUGAGGUCGACUGGAACCAGAGUGCCCUCGGCUGCGUGGACCCGCUGGCCGGCCUGGCCGCCAACAGCAGCCUCCUGCCUCUGGGCCCCUGUCGCCACGGCUGGGUGUACGACACGCCCGGCUCCUCCAUCGUGACCGAGUUUAACCUGGUGUGCGAUGACUCUUGGAAGGUGGACCUCUUUCAGUCCUGUGUGAAUGUGGGCUUCUUCCUGGGCUCCCUGGGCGUCGGCUACAUUGCAGACAGGUUUGGCCGAAAAGUAUGCCUCUUGGCCACCACCCUCAUCAGCGCCAUCUUGGGCGUCCUGACGGCGGUCGCUCCAGACUACACGUGCCUCCUGCUCUUCCGCCUGGGGCAGGGGCUGGUCAGCAAGGGCAGCUGGACGGCUGGCUACACCCUGAUCACAGAAUUCGUGGGCUUGGCCUACAGAAGAACGGUGGCGAUCCUCUACCAGGUGGCGUUCACGGUGGGGCUCGUGCUGCUCUCCGGGCUGGCCUACGCUGUCCCUCACUGGCGCUGGCUCCAGCUGGCAGUCUCUCUGCCCACCUUCCUCCUCCUGCUGGGCUGCUGGUUUGUGCCCGAGUCCCCCCGAUGGCUGUUAUCGCAAAAGAGAAACACUCAAGCAGUAAAGAUAAUGGGCUACAUAGCCCAAAAGAAUGGGAAAUUGCCUCCUGCUGAGCUAAAGAUGCUGUCUCUGGAAGAGGAUGUCACUGAAAAGCUGAGCCCCUCGUUUGUAGAGCUGUUCCGCACGCCGCGCCUGAGGAAGCACAGCUUCAUCCUAAUGUGCCUGUGGUUCACCAGCUCCGUACUCUACCAGGGCCUCAUCAUGCACAUGGGCGUCACCGGCGGGAACCUCUAUCUGGACUUCUUCUACUCUGCUCUGGUCGAAUUCCCGGCAGCUUUCAUUAUCCUCGUCACCAUCGAGCGCUUCGGCUGCCUCUGCGCGCUGGCUGGGUCCAAUCUGGUGGUGGGGGCAGCCUGCUUCCUCAUGAUCUUUAUCUCACACGAUCUGCACUGGUUGAAUAUCGUGGUAGCUUGUGUUGGCCGAAUGGGAAUCACCCUCGCGUUCCAGAUGGUGUGCCUGGUGAAUGCUGAGUUGUACCCUACGUUCCUCAGGAACCUUGGAGUGAUGGUGUGUUCCUCCCUGUGUGACUUGGGUGGGGUCCUCACCCCCUUUCUGGUCUUCAGGCUGAUGGAGGUUUGGCAAGGCUUACCACUCAUUUUGUUUGCGGCUCUGGGGCUAGUUGCCGGGGGAAUGACGCUGCUUCUUCCGGAGACCAAGGGGGUCGCUUUGCCGGAGACCAUCAGGGACGCAGAGAACCUGCGGAGGAAAGCAAAGCCCAGAGAAAACAAGAUUUACCUUCAAAUCCAAACAUCAGAAUCCAACUCUCAGGCACCCGAGCGGGAUGCUUCGCUGGGCACCGGGUGGCGGAGAUGAGGACAGAGCUGUCAUCGGAAGAAAUGCUCUGAAGCCCUAAGCUUUUCCUCCCACUUGCCCGCCCCUGAGUCAGUAUCAGUUCUAAAGAACGCUAAA